AUGAGCAGUCCAGUCACUCUGAGCGUUCUUCAGCUUAAGUGGGUGGUGAUCGGAGGCGUCACGCUCAUCAGCUACGACUACUUCCUCACUCUUGAUCGCGAGAUCCAGUAUAUCUGGAGGAGGAAGUUCACGACUGCAAGUGCGAUCUAUAUCGUCACACGCUACUCCUCGUUGGCCUCCAACGUCCUCACCUUCCUCAAUCUCUUCCCUUGGCCCGGCGAAUCGUCAUCAAUGUACGCACGCAGCCGCGUCUUAGCUCCCCCACAGUGCACACACUAA